UUGAAGGCGUAUUCUCCUUUUGCGUUUUCCCCUGGAACGGCUUCUUCUCUAUCCUCCCGACGGGCAAGCCCCUGCCGUCCAUUCGCCUCUCACUGAUCCCACCUUCGCCAUUCGCCAUGGCGGAGCCCAAAGACCUACCUCGAGGGCGAGCACGGACUCCCACUCCCGCUCCCACAUGGGCGCAACGGACCGAGGCCCUAACCCACAUCCUGACCCACCCCUCCCACUCGCCGUCACUGCACUCGCAGCUCUUCCUCGCGUCCCGCGUCCCGUGCCCACCACGUGGAUCCUCUUACCCGCCCUUCCUCUGCCCCGGCGCGUUGAUUCUCCAAUGGGCCAUUACCGCCGUCUUCCUCCCGCGGGCCGCGCGCCUUGGCCUCCCGCCCUCGUCCUGGCGCUCCCGGUGCCCCUUCCAGCUCCCGCCGCCGCUCGUGCCCUCCACCGCCAUCGAGCCGGCGCCGGAGCGGUGGCGAGAGGCUGAGCUCCGGGGGUACGCGCAGCGGCGGCGGGCUCGGAGGGGUCCCAUGAGGACGCGGCCACCUGUGUCCGUGGCGGGGGUGGUGCUGACGACUGUGCCCAACAUCGUGAUCAUCACGGUGAUCAUGCGCGAGCUCUUCUGGGUCAGGCCUGGCCGCAUCUGAGCCAUUAUUCAGGAUUAGGAGGCACUGGGAUCUCAACAGCUCCACCAAGCAUGUGAGUCACCUUAUGCAUGGUAGAGCCCGUUGCUGGCUCCUACUGGAUGCGCAACUUAGUACCACUGACACUAACAGUUGGAUCCCUUCAUGUCAAGGAAAAGCCUCAUAGUCGCACUACAGCAGCAGAUUGAUACGUCAGAACAGUGAUAGUCACUGCCUCAGUAUUGCUCUGUUCUCAUCAGGAAUUUCUUGAACAUUCCACCUGCAAGAUCCAAGAUAUGAGCCCCAGUAGAAUCAGGGUUCCGGUGUUUAUUUGCGUUUGGCCCAUCCGCAUCAGCUUUGCCAGGCCAGAGUCGGUGAUUUUUGCUAUGAGAUUGUCAUCGAGAAGAAUACUUUUCUGACUUUAUGUCACAGUGCAUGAUCUGUGGUUACACUCCUUGUGUAACUAGAGCAGUCCCUUUGUGGCAGAUAGUGCGAUUUGAGGUCAGAGAGGGGAAGAAAAUCCUCUACGACCCAGUGCCGUGCGACCUCAGCACUGGACCCAGUUCUCCACCGCCGGAUCACCCGAUGCAGUUGCAGAAUUCAAGCUGCUGCUCUUUGAUUGAUACGUUCAGAUCCAACGGCCGGCAGCAAGGUCCAGCACCGGGUCGCUGGGCACAAGGUCUUAUAAGAUUUUUUACCUCAGAGAGGUACCAGGAAGUUUGGUCCUAGUACUGCGAAAAAAGAAUCUGAUAUGUGGCCAUCUGUCAUGAAUUCAAUGGAGCGUUUAUCCAAUGGUUGAACCUUCCACAGCAAACUCCUUGUUGGACCCAAUAUGUUGACCCAAUAUAUCUUGGCUGUCUUCCACUCGUUGGUGUCACUGUUAAGCUGAGAUUGGGAGCUGAUGUUCUUUGGCUCCUUUAGAUGCAGCUCUCUGCACAGUACCCUCCUUUCCAUUAGAUAUUGGCAUCAUCAUCGAUAGUUUAGUUGUGCUCAUAGUCAGCAAGAGGCCUAUCCACAUUGGCAAUCACGUCUCCUGGUACAAUUCAUAUUUCUGCCGCGGAUCGAUGAAUGUGUAGCGCGGUUGGCACUGACAAAUGGCAAUCCACCAAGGCACCAAUCGGUUCCUGAUCCAGUCAAAUCCACAGUACCGGCAGAACCUGCAUACAUUUUGUUCUCCAGUUACAACAAUGUCACAGAUCUUUGUUGUCCUUGGGAUGAGGUCUAUAGGAUAUAGCAGUACACUGCACAUUCGCUCGCUUGCUGCUCCCGUCCAUUGAUAGAUAGAUAUAUUGCCGGAAUAUACCAUCAGGGUCAUGUGUGGCACGGUGGUGGUCUGUCAUGGAGCCCAUAUCCAAAGAUACGAGAUUAUUAUUUUUGUUAAGUCACAGUGAAUUAUAUCUUGGACGUUGCACUGAAUUCCCAUUACACCAGUUGUGAGCCAUUCUUGACCAUCUUACUGGACCAAUACGACCUGUACUGGUUUCUGGAAUCUACAGGGUGGAGCAACAGGGUAAAGCACAAGGUUCUGUUAAUCCUGCACGCCGAGGAAGCCUGCCAUUUGUGCUGUCAUGAGCCGGCUGCAGAGUUCCAUCCCAUGGCGAAGCGCUUGUUUGGGCAGGAUGGUAUCGGCUGGGCCAUUGAAGGUGUCCCAUGUGAUAGAUCCACCUGCACUGGCCAGCACAUAGUCUUUGCUGAGCAUGUUAGCGUAUCCUUCAAACGUGACAUGGAGAGUUGGCAGGGACAUGGAGAGAGUGCUCCAUCAGCUCACCAAAGAUUGCAGGGUAACGGGGUAGGAGUAGGUCUUGGUGUCAAUGAGUCGAUAGCUGAAUACAAAGUCGACAGAGGGUGAGGCGUUCCGCAUUCACGCCUUGAGUUGUGAAAGACACGCCCAAAGUUACGUUGCGGUGAGCAGUUGAGGAGGAGGGGACAUUAUGAAUGGUACGAGGAGGAAGAUUCAGAGCUGCCAUUGCUCUUUGCUAGUUUGCUCCUUGCCGUUUCAGGGGCAUGGCUGACCUGGACUUUGCAGGGACUCAUUGCUCUUUGCUCCUUGCUGUUUCAGGGGCAUGGUUGACUUGGACUUUGCAGCGACCCAUUGCUCUAUGCUCCUUGCUGUUUAAGGGGCAUGGCUGACCUGGACUUUGCACCCUCUGACUCAACAUCUGUGUUUUCUGGCCCGAUGAUGUUCCAUCUAUUUGUCUUGUAGAUAAGCAGAAGAUUUUGCAGACAAGAACUUCCAUAAGGCGUCCAAGCUAGUCACUCGAAACGACUUACAGCAAACACUGCAAUCUCGGUAAGAACAUUACCUCAACCUCAAGUUUGAGAUACUGUUGCUCCCAGGAAGUGUCGAAUAAGAUUUACAGUGACAGUGACAGUAUUGCAGACAGGAUGUAGACUGUAGUACAGGACCGCAAAAUCGUAUGCACGUGAAAUCUGGAACAACGAGCCAGGAGCCACGGCAUGAAACUAGUGAAUCAGUGUAAACGAAGGUUGUAAACUCGCGAUCAUUUCUGCUUCUGUAAGAUUGACGGACACGAACAACCCCGUGAAAAAGGGCAAGGAAAAGAAAAAUCAGUUCUAUCUAA